AUGUCUAGCUCUUCAAAAAAAGAUUCCGUUAAAGACAGCGAAUUUUUGCCUUCUCAGUUUCCGAUAGAAUGCUUGCGCGAAUAUGUCGCAGCAGCAGGAUUGACUUUGGACGACGAUAGUCUAGAAGUUCUUGGCAGAGGCGCCUCAGAUGAAGUAACGAUAGUAGUAGAGGCGGCUGCUGACCAUAUGGUGCGUUGUGGUCGUCAAUUAUUGCUGGCGUCAGACAUCCGCGAAGCGGUCCGAAUCCUGGAUUCACCGCGGGUACAUCUGGCUUUCGGGACGCGUCACCAAAACUGUCCUAUCAUUGAUGAUUGCGACGUGGAUGCUGAUAGCAUUACUGAAGAAACAGACUUAGAUUUGGUAGCCGAGGUAGAAGAGGAGCCUGGAAUUUCAAUUAUAACUAUUGCAGGUGGUCAUGUCAUUGAACAACCUGUCGAACCGUUUGAAGUUAAUGGAAGUAAACGGAAUAAUGAGACGUUGCUUCUGAAGAACCAAGGGUUUUUAGACAAAAUGGAGCAAGGUACAUCAGCCACUGCAGUGGCUGGUGCUGAAAACAUGGGCGGCCCUUAUCCGUUACAACUGUCCUUUAAAACCUUCCCGAAACCAUAUGCUGAUGUCGACGAGAACGAACGUGAUGUGACUUUGGACGAGAAGAGGAAUUCUCUGGCAAACGACGAGAAGGCCCUCAGUGAUGAUGGCGAAGAGAAGUCGGGCGUUGGAUGA